AUGGAUGUCAACGAGACAAAGACUGGCGAGCCGCUGAGGCCUGUCGAUUCAGUUGCCGACAACAUCAUAUCAGAUGAAGACCGCCUCGCCCAACUCGGCCAUACCCAGGAGCUGAACAGACAGUUCUCGUUGCCGACCCUGGGGGCGCUAUGCCUCUGUCUCAUGGCAACAUGGGAGGCACUUUCUACUGUUAUCGCCCAGGCUCUGUUGAGCGGAGGAGCACCAUGCCUUUUCUACAACUACAUCUUGUCAUUCAGCUGCUCUGUAUGCAUUGCAGCAUCCCUAGGCGAGAUCGCCUCUAUCUAUCCCACAGCUGGCGGACAAUAUCACUGGGUUGCAGUACUUUGCCCACCCAGAAGUCGAUCUCUUGCGGCAUUCACCACCGGGUGGAUCUCAGUCGGUGGCCUGAUGGUCUUCUGCGCGUCGGCCGCAUUCGCAGCUGGACUGCAGGCACAGUCACUCAUUAUCCUGAAUAACGAUUCAUAUAUCCCCCAGCGAUGGCAAGGAAUGUUAUUUUAUUGGGCGAUUCUACUUUACUCGGCUGCUCUCAAUAUCUGGGGUUCGAGACUGCUCCCCCAUGCAAACAUGCUAUCCGGUGUCAUUCAUGUCGCAGGUUUCAUCGCGAUUCUUAUUGUCCUUGGUGUAAUGGCACCAAAAAACACUCCGUCAUUUGUCUUUACAGAGGUCGUCAACAGCAGUGGAUGGAGCAAUGAUGGGGUUUCGUGGCUCGUUGGCCUUAUAAGCGCCGUGUACCCUUUCUUAGGAUACGAUGCCGCUUGCCAUCUGGCGGAAGAAAUCCCAAACGCACCUCGAAACGUUCCUAUCGCCAUGGUUGGAAGUGUUACAGUCAAUGGCAUUAUGGGCCUUAUCUACUGCAUCGUUCUUCUCUUCUCAACUGGAUCCCUCGAGUCGCUUCUAAGCACCCCUACAGGCUUCCCCUUUAUGCAAAUUUAUCUUGAUGCAACCAAAUCUAGAGCCGGAUCGACAGUCAUGUCCUUAAUGCCGGUCUUGAUUGCCACUGCAGCAACCGUCGGUGGCAUUACCUCGGCAUCUCGCACCCUUUGGGCAUUUGCUCGUGAUAAAGCAAUACCCUUCGACAGCUAUUUCAGCCAUGUUCACAAAGGUCUCCAGGUCCCUGUCAGAGCGGUGGUUGUGGUCACCGUUGGCCAACUUCUACUCGGGUUCCUCUACCUUGGAAACACUACUGCUUUCAAUGCUGUUUUGUCCAUGGCCAUCAUCGGCAUUUACCUUUCAUACAGCAUCCCCAUUGCCUACAUGCUUCUUGUGGGUCGAAAGAAGCUCGCACGCAAGGAAUACGGCCCCUUCAAGCUGGGGAACUCCGUCGGUCCCGUACUGAAUGUUAUUAGCCUCGUUUGGAUGACCGUUGUGAUCAUUUUCAGCAUGUUUCCUUCUAUGCAGCCUGUCACGUCACAGAACAUGAACUAUUCUUCUGUCGUCAUGGCUGGCUGGCUGGCUUUUGGAUUGGGUUAUUAUUUCUUACGCGGAUGUACCAAGUUUGAGGUUCCUGUUGUUGCAUCUGAGGUAGUGGAAGGGAUUAGGGAUAGUUAG